AUGACAGACAGAGGUUAUGGCACAUCCAAAGCAAACCUCCGACCCAACGCACCCCCUGUGCUCCCACCUGAGCCGAUCGACAUCAUUCGGAUCAAGGCCCGCUCCCGACGGGUCAGGCUCAAUGUUGGAGGCCUCACACAUGAAGUCCUAUGGCGAACGCUAGACCGGUUGCCCAGAACCCGUCUGGGACGACUGAGAGACUGCAAUACCCAUGAGUCAUUGCUGGAGAUUUGCGAUGACUACAGCCUCGAUGAGAACGAGUACUUUUUUGACCGGCACCCGGUGGCUUUCUCCUCCAUCUUGAACUUCUACCGAACAGGGAAGCUGCACAUGAUGGAGGAGAUGUGUGCCCUGUCCUUUGGCCAAGAGCUGGACUACUGGGGUAUUGAUGAAAUCUACCUGGAGUCCUGCUGCCAGGCACGGUACCACCAGAAAAAGGAGCAGAUGAAUGAGGAGCUGAGGAGGGAGGCAGAUGCGCUAAGGGAGAAUGAUGGGGAAGAGGAGGAGCAUGGCUGUUGGGCCGACAAAAGACAGAAGCUCUGGGAUCUGCUGGAGAAACCCAGCUCAUCUGUGGCUGCAAAGGUACUGGCCAUGAUCUCCAUCCUAUUUAUCAUUAUUUCCACCAUCUCAUUGUCUCUCAACACAUUGCCUGAACUGCAAGUGGUAGAUGAAUUUGGCCAGUUCAAUGAUAACCCCAGUCUGGCCCACGUGGAGGCUGUGUGCAUUGCCUGGUUUACCAUGGAGUAUAUGCUGCGCCUGCUCUCAGCACCCGACAAGUGGGAUUUCAUCAAAGCACCACUAAACAUCAUUGAUUUGCUGGCUAUAAUGCCUUACUAUGUGACCCUCUGCCUAACUGAGUCUAACAAGAAUGUGAUGCAAUUCCAGAAUGUGCGCCGUGUGGUCCAGAUCUUUCGAAUUAUGAGGAUCCUGAGGAUACUGAAGCUAGCCAGGCACUCAACAGGGCUUCAGUCUUUAGGCUUCACUCUGCGAAGGAGCUACAAUGAGUUGGGUCUGCUCAUCUUAUUCUUAGCCAUGGGCAUUAUGAUAUUCUCUAGCUUGGUGUUCUUUGCAGAGAAGGAUGAGGAUGCCACCAAAUUCACCAGUAUCCCCGCCUCCUUCUGGUGGGCUACAAUUACUAUGACCACUGUUGGUUAUGGAGAUAUCUACCCUAAAACCCUGCUGGGUAAGAUUGUGGGAGGGCUUUGCUGUAUAGCAGGUGUGUUAGUCAUUGCCCUUCCUAUCCCAAUCAUUGUCAACAACUUCUCUGAGUUCUACAGAGAGCAAAAGAGGCAGGAGAAAGCAGUCAAGAGGAGGGAAGCCCUUGAAAGAGCCAAACGCAGUGGAAGCAUUAUCUCUAUCAACCUAAAGGAUGCUUUUGCACGCAGUAUGGAACUCACAGAUGUGUUAGUGGAAAAGAGAGAGGACAGCAAGUGUCCUGUGGAUAAUCACCUCUCACCCAGCCGCUGGAGCUACCACAAACACUACACUAAUGCCGAGGGGGCUAGUCCAGCUAGGUCUCAACAUUCUCAUUAUCAGGAAGUAGCUCAGCAGGGCUCUCCUGAACGAGCCAAGCUCUCAUGUAACAAAACUACCCCUCAACACCUCAGUGCAAAGAGGUUAGAAGAGACUUACAACAAGACAGCAAACACCCAGGAACAACGGAAAAAAAUUAUAGAGGAGCAGGUAGAGAUGAAAACCAUGACCUCCACACAAGUCCAGCAAAAUUCACCUGAUGUCAGCCAAACUGGUGCUAGACACCAACGCAUCCCCCCUCCUUUGGAUCUAAGUCAGAUAAGCACCAUGGAAGUAAACAGGGGCCCUGACAGCAUCCAAUCAGGUACUAUCAUCAAAGAGGGUUUGUAUGAGUUUGUGUCUUGCCCCAAAGGAAGUGGGGCUGGGGGAGCCCUGAAGGUUGACUUCAUUGAAUCCCAAGAUGACGUGCUUAUAGCUGUGAUGACACCUAAUGCAACCCCAGCCUCUACUGGCUCAACCAAGCUUGCUCAACUACUUUCUGAUGACAUUAUCUCAAGGUUUUAUCCACCUCCAAGUUCUGCAACACUGGAAGUUAAUUCUCCGCUGGCGAUCCUGCAAUCCCCAUCUCUACCCCAGCAAUCUGUCAGUCCAAGCUACUCCCAUGGGGGAGGUGAAGGCUCAGCAGCCAGGAGCUUAGAAGGUGAAGGGCAGCUCACAGGCUUAAGCCACCAGAGAAGGAAUCACAUGGAGAGGUCUGUAAUUGCCUCAAGUAGCAGUGCUAGCCCACUGUCGUCAAAAGCCUGCCUCCUCAACUGCACCCAGCAGCUAGUAACUGUGAAAGCAGGGGAGGAAGGAGCGGAGGAGGAAGCAGAACAGUGUGGCGAGAAACAAGAAAAUCACAUUGCUCUGGACGGAUGCAUGACACCACCCUGUGAAACAAGCAUGUAG